CACGUUUUAGGCCGCUCUGUCUCUCCUCUCUUUUCCUCUCUCUCUCUCUCUCUCUCUCACACACACACACUCUCUCUCUUUCUCUCUCUUUUAUCUUUUUUCUGAUCUCUCUCAUUCUUUCCCUAUACACCACACAUCACAUAGACGCACAGAGCCAUACAGCAAGACAUUAAUACGUACACUGAAUAUCUGUUGUCGCGAGCCCAGUGUGGCUGUACCCUUGGUUCUUGGCGGCCUUUGCACAGACGGGGGUUGUCGUACCAGUUGGUUUUUGUACGGUCGGAUAUCGAGUGACAGACAACGUUUACGUUUGAAGGAACGUGAUACACGGAAGGAUGAACGACAUGGAGGCCUAUGGUGACGGAUACAUGGAGCCGGAGGAGGAAUGGGAGAGGGAGGGUCUUUUGGACCCAGCCUGGGAAAAGCAGCAGAAAAAAACCUUCACAGCAUGGUGCAACUCGCACCUUCGCAAGGCGGGUACCGCCAUCGAAUCAAUCGAGGACGACUUCAGGAAUGGAUUGAAGCUGAUGCUCCUUCUUGAGGUGAUCUCCGGCGAGACCCUUCCCAGACCCGACCGUGGCAAAAUGCGCUUCCACAAGAUUGCCAACGUUAAUAAAGCUCUUGACUAUAUCGCCAGCAAGGGGGUGAAGCUGGUCUCCAUCGGUGCUGAGGAAAUCGUCGAUGGCAACCUGAAGAUGACGCUGGGUAUGAUCUGGACAAUAAUCCUGCGCUUCGCCAUCCAAGACAUCUCCGUCGAGGAGAUGACGGCCAAGGAAGGCCUGCUGCUCUGGUGCCAGCGCAAGACGGCGCCGUACAAGAACGUCAACGUGCAGAACUUCCACCUGUCCUUCAAGGACGGUCUGGCCUUCUGUGCGCUCAUCCAUCGCCAUCGACCCGACCUCAUCGACUACAACAAGCUCAGCAAGGACAAUCCCCUGGAGAAUCUUAACACGGCGUUCGACGUUGCCGAGAAAUACCUCGACAUACCACGCAUGUUGGACCCCGACGAUUUGAUCAACACUCCCAAGCCGGACGAACGGGCGAUCAUGACCUACGUGUCCUGCUACUACCACGCGUUCCAGGGUGCCCAGCAGGUCAACAUGCGCAAUACGGCUAUGCCUGAUGAGAGGGCUGUGAUGACCUACGUGUCUUCGUACUAUCACUGUUUCAGUGGUGCUCAAAAGGCUGAGACUGCCGCAAACAGAAUCUGUAAGGUUCUGAAGGUAAACCAGGAGAACGAGAGGCUCAUGGAGGAAUACGAGCGUUUGGCCUCUGAUCUGCUGGAAUGGAUUAGAAGAACAAUGCCUUGGUUGGCUAGUCGUCAAACUGACAAUUCCCUGGCUGGUUGUCAAAAGAAACUGGAAGAGUACAGAACUUAUAGGCGCAAGCAUAAGCCUCCACGUGUCGAGCAGAAAGCUAAGCUCGAGACGAAUUUCAAUACUUUGCAAACCAAACUAAGGUUGAGCAAUAGACCAGCUUACAUGCCCACCGAAGGCAAAAUGGUUUCCGAUAUCAACAAGGCUUGGAAAGGUCUGGAACUUGGUGAAAAAGCCUUUGAAGAAUGGCUGCUGUCCGAGAUGAUGCGUCUUGAACGUCUUGAACACUUGGCGCAGAAAUUCAAGCAUAAGGCUGACGCUCAUGAGGACUGGACCGCAGGCAAGGAGGAGAUGUUAACCUCUCAGCACUUCCGUCAGUGCAAACUGAACGAAUUGAAGGCUCUCAAGAAGAAACACGAAGCCUUCGAGUCUGAUCUUGCUGCCCAUCAAGAUCGCGUAGAACAGAUCGCUGCCAUUGCCCAAGAACUCAACACCCUCGAGUAUCACGACAGCGCAUCUGUGAAUGCCAGAUGCCAACGCAUCUGUGAUCAAUGGGAUCGGUUGGGAACUCUUACUCAGCGCAGGCGUCAGGCUCUGGAUGAAGCCGAGCGUAUUUUGGAGAAGAUUGACAUCCUACAUUUGGAGUUUGCGAAGCGCGCUGCACCGUUUAACAACUGGUUGGAUGGAACCAGGGAGGACCUUGUUGACAUGUUCAUCGUCCAUACAAUGGAGGAAAUCCAAAGCUUAAUGGAUGCUCAUGCCGCAUUCAAGGCUACCCUCGGUGAAGCAGACAAGGAAUACAAUUCCAUAGUGGGAUUAGUACGUGAAGUCGAAUCCAUAGUCAAGCAAUUCCAAAUUCCUGGAGGUCUUGAGAAUCCGUACACUACACUUACUGCAUUGGAUCUUACUAAGAAGUGGAGCGAUGUCAGACAGCUGGUGCCACAACGUGAUGGUACAUUGGCAGCGGAACUUCGCAAACAGCAAAACAACGAACUACUCCGCAGGCAAUUCGCCGAGAAGGCCAAUGCCGUUGGGCCAUGGAUAGAACGUCAACUGGAUGCUGUAACAGCUAUUGGUCUUGGACUUCAGGGAACUUUGGAGGAUCAAUUGCACCGAUUGAAGGAAUAUGAACAAGCCGUGUACCAAUAUAAGGCACAUCUUGAAGAAUUGGAAAAGAUCCACCAGGCUGUACAGGAGGGCAUGAUCUUUGAGAACCGAUAUACUCAAUACACUAUGGAAACCCUGCGUGUUGGCUGGGAACAGCUUCUAACCUCAAUUAACCGCAACAUUAACGAAGUCGAAAACCAGAUUCUUACCAGGGAUUCUAAGGGUAUUACGCAGGAACAACUGAACGAAUUCCGCAGUAGCUUCAACCACUUCGACAAGAACAGGACGGGCAGAUUGGCACCGGAUGAAUUCAAGUCCUGCCUUGUUUCCCUGGGAUACUCUAUUGGCAAAGACAGACAGGGUGACAUUGACUUCCAGCGUAUCCUUGCAAUCGUCGAUCCCAACAACUCUGGCUACGUUCACUUUGACGCCUUCCUCGACUUCAUGACUCGCGAAUCCACUGACACCGACACUGCUGAACAAGUUAUUGACAGCUUCCGCAUCCUUGCCGGAGACAAGCCCUACAUCCUACCCGAUGAGUUGAGGAGAGAGCUUCCACCAGAUCAAGCUGAAUAUUGUAUUCAGCGAAUGCCACCUUACAAGGGAUCGAAUGCCACUCCUGGAGCCCUGGACUAUCGUUCGUUCUCCACUGCUCUGUAUGGCGAGUCCGACCUAUAAGCCAAUGCCUCUACACUUCUAGAGAUAUCUGGGACGCUUCCCAUAGUGACCGAUACCAGAAUCCUCCCAGGCGUCGCCCUGUUGUACUACUCACUAUCGUCAUUGUAGACGUCGUUAAAAGCAAUUAAAUGCAACGGAAGGAUAACAAAUUUAUAUUAAAAACGAUGGUAAUAUUAUAAUCGUUGCCGGUCAGUAUGGGAACGCUCUUGCUACACGCACAAUUGCAUUACGACGGCGGCACCUUUAGCGAUAGGGGGUGUCGCUAUGGAACGAAAAUCAGAGAAAAAGAAAGAACAUACAGAAAAGUUGUCCCUUCAGGUUCCAACAAGUCAUGAGCGCUAUGGCUAAAUCGUGAUAUCAUUUUAGCGCAAAAUAAUGCAGUGAUGAUAUUAAUCCGCUGAUAGUAUACCGAGUAGGCUAACCUCCUUUCCAAUGUAAUGCGAGUGAUCAGUGCCGAAUAAGUAUUGCAAAAAAGUAUGAUGAGGUUUGUGCUUGAAUAAGCAUGCCCGUAGAAGCGUGACAAUAAGAUACAUAUCUCGUAUAUAUUUUGCGUUACAAGGAUAGCACGGGUUGACAAAAUGUAACUGAUAGUUCCGGUACGUUUGUUACGUCUUAAUGUUUUCCUUAAGCAAGCGUGAUCGAGUUCGAAACGCAUUUUUUUUAAGCAAUCUGAUUUUCCGGGUAAGGUAUGUAGUUUGCGUAGAACUGAGAUACGUUUCAUCGAUCAUGGCGAUCGACUAUGACAAACGUUCCGGAACUGAAUACUCUGGAAGGGAUUAGGUCGAAAGUGACAAAAGUAUGCCAAAAACAGAGUAAUUUGCCAUAUCCAGCUGACGAGAGCAUAGACUCGAUAGGCUUUUUCAAAUUACUUAAUAGUAAAAAAUAUCAAGGAAAAGCAUAACCAAAUUUAAUCUAUCGCUACAUUUGGCAAUAACGGUAGCAUUUAUACUUUUUCAGAUAUUUAAAGUCCUUUUGGUAUUCAGAAGCCAGAAGUCCAUGCUCGCGCGAAAAUUCUCAAUUGUAAAAAGAAAUGUAAAAUGAAACCGCCGGCCUCUGAGCAGGGCGACGGAUCUCAAGAACCAUUAAUCCUAAGAAAUCGAUCUUCUCGCUAAAUCCAGAAAACGUAAAUUCGAAAAUCGAAUUAUAUGCCUAUUUUUUUAGAAAUGCGGCUCAACGAACUUAUAACGAGAUAGCCGCCCUGUAUUUUGUAAAUCCUUUAAUGAAGAUGCUAAGCAAAGCUAAUUAUUUAUUUAUUUGAUUUAUUAACUAUUUAUUGUCGUACCGAUAUUAAUUAUCGUAGUGAAACGAGACACGUCUUUUCAAAGUAUUUAUUUUUAUAAAUAUUUUUGAAGCGAACGGCAGUUCUACCGCUGAAAUAAUAAACACGGCAGAAUAUGCCGUACAUAAAACCUCCGAAAAGGAAGCAGCUGCCAUCACUUCUUGUGUCGUGUAGUAGGCGCACGACUUACACCUACAGUCGUACCCACUCUUAAAAUUAAUUGACAUCAUAAUAUCAGUCGUUCAUCUGAGUCAUCAUAUUAUCGCAAAUAAAAAAAAAAUGAUCGCAUAUGGAAUGCUAUUACCUUAAUGAAUGGCCUGUACGCUAAGUUUUGUUUGGCUUGAAGCUUAAUGCUUUAUAUGAACGGGGUCGUCUCUAAUAAUAACCUUUCGCAUUCUCGCUACUCGAUCAUCGUUUCUUUUUUUUCCUUCUCAUCACGAAAGAGAUUUGACUUGUGAUAAGCCGCCCGUGCAUCUCUAAUCACCUCUAAUCGUUUUUACUGAACUGGAGAAAUCGAGAGUUCGCUCCAAUGUAAAUUCACGUGCAGCGGUUACCAUCUGCGGCGAAUUUCGAGAGCGAGGAUCGCGGAAACCGGGAAAUAUUGAGAAACAAUGAGAGGGAGAGAGAAAGACAGAGAGAAGGCGCGUGCGUGAGAAAGAAUGAGUGAGAUGGGUGGGAGGGAGAGAGGGAAAGACAGUGAGCAUACACGCACAGAUACACCUACACACACAAAGAAAUAAGAGACAGAUACAAUUACUCGACGUACGAGACUAAAAAAAUCAUAUUCACCAUAGGACGAAUAUAGCCCACACGAAAAUGCGCAUAAGAAAUGGAUGAAAGGUCUUAUAUAAAAUUUAAUAUAUUUAUUCAUACCUUAUAUUUACAUUUUACGUAUAUUGCGAAUGUGCUCGCAUUCACCCAUACGCGCGCGCGCGCAAAACAUACACAUACACAGACAUCCGCACGCAUAUACAUAAUUAUAAUUCGUAUAAUUUUAAUCUAAUUAAAAUGAAUUUUAAUUUUAAUUUAAUUUAAAUGUCCCGUCAAUCAUUCGUCCUGCAUCGCAUUACACUUAUCGACUAUUAUA